AUCUAUGUUACGUUUAUGAUUGAAGGCAUCCGGCCCGGCAUCAAAAAGAUAAGUAAAAGACGAUGGCAAUUUUCUAACCUACCGUUGCCCGCCACGUACAAUCAAUGUCAUAUGUUUGCACCAUCAUAAUAACGUUAACGAUCAUUAACGACACGUCAAAGGGUGCUUGAUGCAGUUUUACACCACAGCCGUACAAAAAUGGCUAUUACUAAUGAACAUACUAAGCUACUGAUAUGCGCAGCUGGUAUAUUUGUGUGCUACUUUUAUUUUGGUAUGUUACAAGAGAAAAUCACGCGUGGACAGUACGGCGACGGAGAAAAUCAUGAGAAAUUUACGUACAUGUUCGCAUUAGUCUUCGUUCAGUGUCUGGUGAAUUAUGUAUUUGCCAAAACGAUUCUGCUAACGAUAAUGAAGCAGGGUGAAGACACCACGUCGAAUAUGUACUAUGCAGUGUCCUCCCUGACGUAUCUUCUCGCUAUGGUAUGCAGUAACAUGGCAUUGCAGUUUAUCAACUAUCCAACACAGGUUAUCGGCAAAGCCGGCAAACCUAUACCUGUGAUGGUGCUCGGUGUAUUGUUAGGAAAAAAGGUAUAUCCAAUUAGAAAGUAUGUAUUCAUUUUCCUGAUCGUCGUUGGAGUUACAUUGUUUAUGUACAAGGACAGUAAUGUGUCUAAAAAGCAAGUGGAAUCACAAUUAUCAGUUGGAGAAUUAUUAUUACUAUUAUCUUUGACGAUGGAUGGAUUAACAAGUGCGGUGCAAGAACGAAUGCGGGCGGAGCACAAGUCGAAGUCAGGUCACAUGAUGCUUAAUAUGAAUUUUUGGUCCUUUAUAUUUAGUGGGACAGUGAUCACUAUUUCCGGAGAAUUGGUUGAAUUUAUUCAUUUCUUGCAAAGAUAUCCUGCCACUAUAUGGCAUAUAACGACGUUUUCCAUAGCCGGAGCAUUUGGACAAUAUUUUAUAUUUCUAACAGUAGCUGAAUUUGGUCCAUUGCCAUGUUCAAUUAUAACCACUACUAGGAAAUUUUUUACUGUUCUAGGCUCUAUUUUAAUUUUCGGUAAUAAUCUCUCUCUUAGACAAUGGUUAAGUACAUUUAUAGUGUUUUCAGGUUUAUUCCUGGAUGCUAUGUAUGGUAAAGACAAAAGUAAGAAGAGUACCGCAAAAUAGAAUGUGAUAAUUAUCUCAACAGUGCACUUACUUAAGUAUUCCUGUCAGAUCUGUUGAAAGCAAAUUUUGAAAGAAACAUGUGUGACAAAUUUUAUCCACAGUAAUGCUAGUAGAAAUAUAACAGAAUUUGCGAAUGGAAUGGCAGAUUAACUGCAGAAACUGAACGAAAUCUAUUGUAGCCAUUUUAAAUAAUGUAUUUUAUUUAAAUCUUUUAUUUGAAAUGACGAUUCUUGCUUUCACAGUCAGAUUACAUUGGCAAAUUUAGUGUUCUUAGUUUAAAAAAAUUCUCGGAAAUUUUAGAGAAAAAAUAGUUUUUUUCCUUGUAUUUUUUUAAGUUUUUCUUUUAAAAUAUUACCUUUUUGGCUUUUACAGAUCUUUAUUGACCUCGAAGUCAAUAAUUUAAAAUUUUUUUUAAAAAGAAAAACUAAUAAGAACUCUAAUAAGUAAGUAAUUCAUUGAUAGCCUAUUGCCAUUAUUACAGUCGUAUUUUUCUAUAUUGAAAGAAAAAACAAAUAAAAAAUUAAUUUUUUUCUUUAAUUUUAUUUCCAGAAAAUUAACAUUAUUACCAUAUUAUCACAGUUGUAUUUUUCGGAAAAAAUUGAAAAUUGAUUUUUUUCUCAAUUUUCCAGAAAAUUAAGAAUACUUGGCUAAUUAGGUUCUGGUAGUAAAACACGAGUUUAUUAUAGAAGCAGAUAAUAUUGGAUUUGUUGCAAUAUCUGAGAAAAUUUGCUGCCAAUCUGUUAUAUUGUAAGCAGUUUGCUUAUUGGAUGACAGGCACUUUUAAGUGUAUAUUUCCAUUUAAGAGUUUAUGUUGUUGUAUCACAACAGUAAUUUAUAAUUUGCUAUAAAUAUAUUCUAAGGUUUCUAAUAAUAGAUACGAAUUAAUGAAUAAUUGUUUUUUCUAUUAAUAUUUUUGUAAAUGAUAAAAAAUGAGCAAGUGUUCUUGUGUGAAAGAGAAUUGUGUAAUUUUCUACAAUUGCACGUAAUUAAUUCAAUGUUUAAGGCAUUGAAAAAUAAACAUGUGUUUAUAAUCAAAUAUUUUGAACAAUCCUUUUUAUUAUUCUGUCUUCAGGUAUCAAGAAAGCUACUAUUGAGCUAUUCAUAUUUGUAUUAAUAUACUGUAAUUUGCCAUCGAGAUUUCUGCACAAGAGUUUUCCUUAUUACAUACAUAUUGAAUUAUGAUAUCAGAAACAAAAACUUAUGUAAAUUUUUCCUUGCACUGUAUAUAAAAAUAAAUGAUAAAUGUACACACACACGCACGCGCCCAUAAUAAAAUAACCACAAAGAAAAUUGUUUAAGAAAAAAAUAAAAUUAAAAUUGAUUUUGUUUUUGAAAUUUAUAAUUUAAUAUAACUAUAAUGAAGAAUCAGGAGUUUUAGAUAUCUUGGGCACAAUAUCUAUAUAAUUUGGAGCAAAAUUUUUCACUUUUUAUUAUCCACUCAUUUUGAUUUCUCAUUUUGAAACUUUCAUGAGCGUUUAUUUAUCGAUUAAAGAAUUAUUUGGUUAUGGAAAAUGUCAAGUUUAUAUGAAUGUUUACAUUAUUUCUGUUGCUUGAGUUUUUCGAAAAAUCGCAAUAGUUACUAAGGGUACGUAUUAUAGAACUUCUCGGAAUAGAUUUUGAUCGGAAUUGUUCAAUUAAAUUUAUAUUUCUCAAAUUCCUAUUUUUUAGGGAAAACGAAAUAAUUGCGAUCAUUUCUAUUCCGAAUAGGGCAUGUAUUAUGGAAUUUUUCAGAAUUUUAAUCAAAAUUAUUCAAUUAUUUUCUAGAUUUCUAUUGUGUUUUACAGGGAAGAUGAAAUAAUUCUGAUUGAAAUCCUACCUGAGCAGUUCCAUAAGACAUGCCUAGGAUACAUAUAGAACUGCUUGGAAUGGAUUCCAAUUGGUUCGUUUGUUUCUUCAUUAUAUGGCCUUUGACUUUCUAACGACUACAAAUUGAUCAGAAUCGAUGUUUGCACUAUUACUGUAUUAUUUUUGUAAAGUAUACAGAGACUACACUGGCAAUUCGAAGUGUUGGUUUAUUGUAUUAAUAACCUUUAACAAUUUUUCAGACAAAACACGUUUAAAUAUGCUUAAUAGUGCUUCCUCACGAGACUUAUAAUUUUUUUUUUUUUUUUAAUGACUUGGAUUUCAAAUUCGUAUGAAUCGCUACCAUGAUUGUAUUGAUGUCAAGUAUUGUAUUAAAUAUUUUGGUCGCGUUAUCAAUUUAUGAUUCCGGUUGAAAUUAUUCUGUUAUCCCUAGAAAACAAUAGAAAUCUAGAAAAUAAUUGAAUAAUUCUAGAACUUUUGGAAUCCAUUCCGAAAAGUUCUAUAAUACGUACUCUGGGUCCAAUCAGAAUUAUUUAACUAUUUUCUAGAUUUUAUUGUAAAUAUUCUAUUCUAGGGAAAAACGGAACGUGUGCAUGCGUGUGCGUGUGUGUGCGUGUGUGUGUGCGUGCGUGCGUUCGUGUGUGUGUGUGUGUGUGUGUGUGUGCGCGUGCGUGCGUGCGUGUGUGCGUGUGCGCGUGUGCGUGUGCGUGUGUGUGUGUGUGUGUGUGUGUAACAUAUAUAUACAGGAUGGAUCUUAAUAAAGUCGAACUAGGUUUUUGUCUUAUGAGAAAAAUUGCUGACUGCACCAACGUUAUUUUGGCUUUAAGCGAGACUUAAACAUUUAUCCAUCUUUAUCUUUCUUUCUAAAUAAAUAAAGACAAGUACGUACUUAAGUCAAAAUAACGUUGGUGCAAUCAGGCUUAAAUUGAUUAAACAAGCAAUAGGUAAUUUUUAAGGUAAAAAUCUGAUUCAAAUAUUAAGAAUCAUCCUUUAUAUUAUUAUUAUUAGUAUUAUUGUAGGUAUAAUACAGUUUAUGGGUAAGUAAAGUGGACUAAUUUGAGUCGAAAAGUUAUCUGCUAUUUUGCAAAUUUUACAAUAGUUACUGAGACAUUGGCUUAGUUUACACCGAGCGUUUAGUUCGCCACCUAUACCCUAUAUUUGACCCAAACAUGGUACAUCACGACGAUGUAUGCAAACAGUUGUGAACUUGUUUAGGUCAGGUAACUUUUCGCGAUCCCUGACCUAUCUUAGAUGUCAAACCAUCCGAAAUAGCGCAUGUAAAUAGAAAUAGAUUAAAGUGUACCAGUAAAUUAUAAUAGCUUUGCUUUAUGCAGGAUUUACACUGCGUCCGACGUACGAUAUUCGAUAUUUGAAACCGUGGUACUGCGAUUCAUAUACGAAUCAGAUAUCCAAAAGCUGACAUGACGAGGACUAAGGCUACUUACAUUAGGGCCAAAGCCAUAAGUUUAAACGUUGUGAACGUCUCAUUAGUGGCUUACUUUAGGUCAGAGUAGAAGUUAGUGUAUAGGUCAGGUCGCAUGAUGUAAAUUAGGCCAUCAGUUAUUAAAAAUCGCCGAAUAAACGCGUCUUCGCCCGGUCCAUCAUCAAAUGCAAGCGCGCGGCAAUUGCCUAACGAUCGCGGUCAAAGAUAUAGACCUAGUUUACACCGGUCGUUUGGUAUGCUAAGUACAAUAUUUGUAAUAAAUUAACUUUAUUUGAUGUUGUAAACGAUGUCGUAUUAGUCUGAUACGAUACGUAUCAAACAGGCACUGAACCAAAGUAGUACGCAUUUUCAACACACAGAUAACGCUGUAAAUAUUUGCUUACAACGCGUACCAAAGUACUCGGUGUAAAUUAGGGUAUAUUAAGCAUGGAUUACGCCAUCCGCGUGUAAAAUAGGUCAACAAAAAUAAGAAAGAUAGGACGCAAAGACGAUGUUACAUCUAUAAUAAUAUACCUUGUACAUUCAUGUAUGUAUACAGAGUGUCUGAUAAUUAAGGAAUAAACUUUUGCGUAGUAGUAGAAUGGACUAAAGUGAGUUGAAAAGUCUUACCAUUUUGUGAUUUCUGCAAUAGUUAACGAGUUAUUAAUUUAUAAAGAUAGUCGAAUUCGCCCGACCUAUCGUCAAGCGCGCGAAAAGAUACGACCGUCUAGCAGUCAUUGUUGCUAAAUGCACGAGAAAACGUUUGGAGGUGUAUACAUUGCUCUAAUGCCGCUUAUAAAUAAAAACUACGCUCCUAGCAAUCUCGAUUGUUGGACGGUCGCAUUUUGCUGCGUGUUUAAAUUUGGCGAUAGGUCAAGAAAAUUCAAUUAUUUGUAUAAAUGAAUAACUCCUUAACUAUUGCAAAAAUUACAAAAUGGUACAGGACUUUUCUACUCGGUUUAGUCCACUCUACUUCUAUGCGAGAAUUUAAUUAUCAGACAUUUUGUGUGUGUAUAUUUUGAACAGUUUUAUUAUACGUGCCCUAAUAAGAAGGAAAUAUAUAAGAUGAGCAUUAUUUAUAGCUAUUAUACAUAUUGUGAAUAUAUAUAUACACACACGUGUAUGUGUAUAUAUGUAUAUAUACAUAUAUAUACAUAUAUACACAUACACGUAUAUACACAUGUAAAAUUUAUUAAUAUUGUAUAUAACAAAGUAAUGCAAUAUACAAAGAGAUGAAUCCUCCUAUUUG